CCAGUGAAUUUCAAAGAGGUUGCGGUGCAUUUCCCUGGCGAUCAAGGGCCGCUGCUGGAUCCAGAUCAAAGAAUCCUGCACAACAGCAUCAUGCCGGAGAACGAUCGGAAUUUGGCCUUUCUGGGUAAAGAGCCCUUCAUCCUUUCUCAGUAGAUAUCUGGGUAGUCUUAGAUGUACAAUUACUUCUGUUUGCAACGUUCAGUGGUGUGUGUGUGUUGACGCUUAGGGCAGACAAAAUGGCACUGCAAACAAGGAGGAGCUAUCGGCAGGCUCAGGGGACCCCCAAGACUUGCAGAGAAAAAGGCAUUGGGGGUAGGUAAACUGAGGAGGGGACCCCAAAGCAACCCAGUGAGGAUUGAGCAUGCUCAGUAGCCACUGAAUGCUUAUUGUUUGAGGUGGGGACAUCUCAGGGGUGGGCGGGGCCAGAGGCAAAGGUGCACACAGCAAUAGAUGUAAAUUUUGCCUUUGUGCCUUAGGCACAAAGUCCCACAUCCCACCCUUGUCUUCUAGCCAGGCAGGCAAGAGGCGUUAUCAGAGUUUAAGGACACAAAACGCUUGAUGAGUGUGUGAAGGGAGAGGAAGUUGCUGGGGAGGGUCCUGAGGGCCAGAUAGAAAGGCUUGGAGGGCCACAUUUGAUCUCUGGAGGUCCAGGGUUCCCCAUCCCCGAGAUACAUCUGCUUUCUGGAAUCAUAGGAACACAGGUGUCAAAUGUCACCUUUCUAGAUUUAUUUUAUAUUUUCAUAAUGAUGUUCCAGCCUUGUUCUCUCAUAAGAGAGUAUCAAACUAUUUAGGUACUUGGUCAGUGCUCAGCUAUAAUGUGGUCCAAGGCACCUGUGUUAUCACAGAAGUAUCCAUGGGCCAUUUAAUGCCUCUUACUUAAAACCCAGCGCAUGAAAUGUGCCUUGCGGUAGCAGCCAGCACUCUUUGGGAAGCAAGCCAGGACAGUUUAUGAACAGAAGGUGCUAAACAGCCCCACUAGGAGUUGCCUGGGUGACUCAGAAAGUGAUCUGUGCCAUUCUGUGCGUAUUUACUUGGAUGUAACUCCCACUGUGUUCACUGAGGCUUAUUCCCAGCGAAGUAUGGGGGUGGGGAGUGUGAUGACGGACUUAUUGUGACAUGAGCUUUCGAGAGCCACAGCUGUAUCCUCCCAACUCAUUUCUGCUGUUGUCUUCGUUUAAUUUGAUUUUAUUGGCUUCCUACUACAAAAGCAAUUAUGAAACAUUUUGCUAACUUUAAGCAAAGUACAAUUUUUAGAAAAAGAAGAACCGGAUCUUGAGAGGGUAUAAGACAAAUGGUGUGUUUUUGUCAGCACAUAAUAAUAGGAUGAGGGACACGGGUGGCGCUGUGGGUUAAACCACAGAGCCUACGGCUUGCCAAUCAGAAGGUCAGCGGUUCGAAUCCCCGUGACGGGGUGAGCUCCUGUUGCUCGGUCCCUGCUCCUGCCAACCUAGCAGUUCGAAAGCACAUCAAAGUGCAAGUAGAUAAAUAGGUACCGCUCAGGCGGGAAGGUAAAUGGCGUUUCUGUGCGCUGCUCUGGUUCGCCAGAAGCGGCUUAGUCAUGCUGGCCACAUGACCUGGAAGCUGUACGCCGACUCCCUCGGCCAAUAAAGCGAGAUGAGCGCCGCAACCCCAGAGUCGGUCACGACUGGACCUAAUGGUCAGGGGUCCCUUUACCUUUAAUAAUAUGAUAGACAGGUUGGACCAGGCAAAUAGUUUUGAUUUAAGUUUUCACCAAUAACUGAAAUACGUUUGUUUACUUUUGGAGACAUACCACUAGUUAUAAACCAUUCAGUUAUUUCCCUCCCAAAUCUCCUGACUCAUUUCUGAAUAAGCAUCAGGUCAUGAUUAUCUGUUUCUUCUAACAGGUGAUGGGCAGGCAGAUGUGAACGAAGAGGAUAUGCAGGUGCAAAGUUCUGAGCAAGACAAACCAUCACCGGGAUUAGCAGGAGAAGCAAUUUCCCAGUGCCUUGAGAGAAGAGAGACGGUGCUAAAUCAUCGCAGGGCUGAGAGGCAGCUGGACCACCACCUAUCAAGGAGAACGGCUAGUGCCAUUCCUAGUGGGGGUGGCGCCCAGGAUCUCCGCAAAGGCCCAGCACGAAAGCGAAAACGCAGAUCUCAGGGCCCAAGGACGUGCAAUGAGUGUGGGAAGACCUUCGCUCAGGCCUCGAACCUUCUGGCACAUAAAAGAAUCCACACAGGUGAGAAGCCAUAUAAAUGUGUGCACUGUGGGAAAAGCUUCACCGAACGGUCCAAUCGUAACAGGCACCAGAGGACUCAUUCUGGAGAGAAACCAUAUCAGUGUGUCGACUGCGGGAAAAGUUUUAGCUUCCGGUCGGACCUGAUUAGACACGGGAUUACCCAUACAGGAGAGAGGCCAUAUAAAUGUUCGGACUGUGGGAAAAGCUUCAGUCACGCCUCCACUCUGAUUAGACAUGAGAAUAUCCAUACAGGAGAAAAGCCCUAUUCCUGUACAGACUGUGGGAAAAGCUUCACGCAGAGCUCAUCCCUUCUAGCACAUAAGAGACUCCACACUGGAGAAACGCCUUUCCUGUGUCCCGUUUGCGGGGAGAGCUUUAACUGGAAGUCGCACCUUGUCACACAUAAGAGAACCCACACAGGGGAGAGACCAUACAAGUGUGCAAAGUGUGGGAAAAGCUUCAUCGAGAAGUCGAAACUGAAUCGACACCAGAGAACCCAUCUGGAAAAAGAACUUUACGAAUGCGCAGAGUGUGGGAGAAUUUUUAGCAUCCGCUCCAACCUCCUUCGGCAUGAGACCGCCCACAGAGGAGAGAAAUCGUUUACGUGCUUCAGCUGUGGGAAAAGCUUCAACCAGUCGUCAAAGCUGAUGAGGCACGAGAGGAUCCACACGGGAGAGAAACCCUACUCCUGCGCCGACUGCGGGAAAAGUUUCAGCCAGACCUCUGAGCUCCUCCGACACGAGAGAAUCCACACGGGAGAGAAGCCAUAUAAAUGCGCCAUCUGUGGGAAGUGCUUCAACCGGAGGUCACACCUGAACACCCACGGGGCGACCCACGUCGGAGGCCAACCUUACAAAUGGCCAGACAGCGGAGCGAGCUACGAAAAUGGUUCCCUCCUUGUGGCAAACGUGAAUCCGCCCGAGCAGUUCUAUGUGGGGAACCAGUCCUAUAAAUGCUUAGAGGGCCAGAAGGACUAUGGUCGUGGCUCUCUCCUCGUCGCAGGCAAGAAUUCGCACGGACAAGCGCAUAUAGAAGGCCAGCUGUACGAAUGGCCAAACACGGAGACCAGCUACAGUCACUGCUCCCUUCUCAUUACUAGCGUCAAUCCACAAGAAGGAAUCCAUGUGCAAGAACAAACAUACAGGUCCGCGGAUAAUGACACGAACUGCAGCCGCGGUGGCCCGUUUUAUCUAACCGGCGCAAAUGCCCACGAGGGGAUCAUUGCAGGAGGUCAAGCAUAUAAAUGCCGGAGUGGCAACGAUGAGAGCCACAAGGGUCCCUCGCUCCUUACAACGGACGCGGGCAACUGGAGGGAAGAGAAGGUGUUUAAGUGUUCAGAGUGCGGGAAGUGCUUUAACUGGAAGUCGCACUUUGUUAGGCACAAGAGAAUCCAUACGGGAGAAAAGCCGUACUGCUGUCCGGACUGUGGGAAACGCUUCAAUCGGAGGUCGCACCUUGUCAGGCAUGGGAGGACUCACGCAGGACUGAGGCCAUACGCUCAGGUUGAGGAGGAAACUUUGGUUCAGAGUCUCGUCAUCUCGAACCCAAGUGAAUCUGUGCCUGAGGGAAACGGUAUCAACACACAGCCUUCUCACGCUGUAUUACAGACCAGUGAAGUCAUGCGGGAGACAAACCUUAUGAAUAUUCUGUGACAUACCCUAUUGCACAUUAAAGAACCCAGAUGGGAAGGAAACCUAUGGCAGGGAGACUUCCCGUUGUGCAUCAUUUCUUGCUAGACACAGAAUGCACGCACAGGGGAAACUAUGGCUUAGUUUACACCAAGGGUGGAAGAGAUGGUUAAGGUGUUCCUAGACUGCUAGUACUUAAGUUGCCCAGGAGAGAACCAUAUGAUUGUUUGAGCAUCUGGCUGUGUGAUUGACUCCAGCACAUGCACACCCUAUGUAAAUACGGCACUAUACUGCACAAGCAUGUGUGAUCUUUGAGUACAGUGGUACCUUGUGUUACAUACGCUUCAGGUUAAAGACUCCCCUAACCCAGAAAUAGUGCUUCAGGUUCAGAACUUUGCUUCAGGAUGAGAACAGAAAUUGUGCUCUGGCGGCGCAGCAGCAGCAGGAGGCCCCAUUAGCUAAAGUGGUGCUUCAGGUUAAGAACAGUUUCAGGUUAAGAACAGACCUCGGGAACGAAUUAAGUACUUAACCCGAGGUACCACUGUAUAGGGUUAUUGCCAAUGCAACUCCUGCUCAGAGUAGGCCCAGUGAAAUUAAGACACCUAAGUUAGGACUGUCCAUCAGUUUCAAUAGGUCUGUGUCAAGUAGGACUGGCACUGAUUACAACCCAUAAUAAUGUACCUCCUGUGUGAAAAGCCUUUCUGUGUACCAAGCGGAUAAUGUGUGAACUGACCUGUGCGGUUCAGGGAUAGAGAAUCUGCAGCCUUCUGAAUGUUCAGUUAUAUCCACAAACAUUCUUAUAAAUCAUUUCACUUUUAUUUACAAAAACCCCUUUGCAUUAGGCACAUUCACACACACAUUACAUUGAACCACUAACAGGACAGUUGCUAAACUGUUUCCCCACCCCCACCCCAGACAGCUAAUUAUAUUGUGAAAUGGGGAAUAAUGGGUAUGGAAGAUUGUAUUUUUAUGCACAUUUUCCUCUUAUUAUUCUUGCAAUAUUCCUGCUCGCUCUGACAAGGACAUCAAGAUGCUGCUUGUAAUUCGCUUCUUUUGUAGUGUUGCUAUUUUCUGCAUUCCUUUCGAAACCUGCCUCUAGAAUUGUAUUGAAAUAUAUUGUCUUCCAAGAAAGCAAUUCUUUCACCACACAAGUCUGGACUCUGUGAGCUGAUCUGUAAUACAGGGCAUUAAGGAGGG